AUGAACACACGCGAAAACAGCGAAGACACCAGCGCACCGGCCCCUCCGCUCUCCGCCGAGGACACGGUGGAGGCAUGCUACCUGCACCCCGACGCGAAGGCCCUGUUCGGUGUGGCGCCGCUCAUGCGCUUCAUACCGCACUUUGGCAUCGCCUCAGAGGCCUUCGGGCCGAAGUGCGUGUUUUCAUUGGGGCUAUCCGAAUUCCUUUGUAAGGGCAUCGCCGACUACCUGAUCCGCUUCUCGCUCCUGCCGAUGUUCACAAAGCGUUACGGCGUCGAUGCCAUGACGUACCAGCGCAUGUCCAACCUCUCCACCAUGGGCUGGUCCAUCAAGCCGUUCACCGCCAUGGUCAGCGACAUGAUCAGUAUCUUUGGCUACACGAAGCGCUGGUACCUGGCCGCCUCUUGUGUGCUCGGUGCCGCCUUCGCCCUUGGUUACGGGCUGCUGCCGGCCAAAACUGCCAGCGCCCCGAUCGCCGCAUUCUUUGUCUUCCUGACGUGCUUCAGUAAAGCCAACGUAGACAUUCUGACGCAAGGGCACUACAGCCGUUUGAUCCGCCGCAUUCCCACUGCCGGCCCUUCGCUGGUGAGCUGGGUCUGGUGUUGGGUGCUUAUGGGCUCCCUGAUCGCCGCUGUGAUUCAGGGCCCGCUGUCUGACGCCAGGCUGGAGCACGUCGGUGUGUUUGUCUCCGCCACCCUGCAGCUCCUGACGACGGGGUUCUUCAUCCUCAACUGGUACGGCGAGCGCAGGAACCGCGAGGAUCGUGCCGAGGACGCCAGGUUCCUGCGGCAGGCGCAGCUGGAAGCAGCUGCAGGGCAGCCGGACCCCAACAAGAAGCUGCAGGAGAGUGGUGAUGAAGUCGAGGGCAUGCUGGUGCAAGACCCAGACGAGGAAGCAAUGAUGGGCCUCUCAAGCGGUGAGCCGUUUACGGAGUUGAACGGGGAGGAGGAAGAGCCGAUUGGGCCGCUGCCUACCUGCUGCUGCGGCGUCGUCGAGGUGAACAAGGAUGUGUGGCACCGCAACUGGAGGAUAUUUGUGUACUGCAUCCUCAUGACGAUGGGCGCGGUUGCCAUGGCGCUCGUGACUAUUUUAGGUGACACCUGGCAGCUGCUCUACGCCUGCGUCAGCAUCACCGUUCCUCUGUGCUGCUUCGCCUUCUACGCCCUGCCGCUGGUCAUCGCCAAGGCGAACAUUUACGCCUUCAUCUCGAUGGCGGCGUACAUCCAGCUGCCCGGUGCCCUGGACAACUUCUACACCGCCACACCUGCAUGUCUCCCCGAUGGGCCGCACUUCACCAACUUCUUCUACUUCACCAUCGGCAGCAUCAUCGGCAGCCUGGGCGGCAUCGCCGGCGUGACGCUGUUCAAGCUCGUCUUCUCCAAGCAGAGCUACCGCGUCACUUUCAUCAUCACCACAAGUGUGCAGAUCGUGGCGAGCAUAUUCGACCUCAUCAUUGUGCAGCGGUGGAACCGACCGCAGGUGAGCGACCACGUCGUGUUUGUGCUUGGCGAUCAGAUCGUCUGCCAGGUGUGCUACAUGCUGAACUUCAUGCCGACCACCAUGCUGCUGUCUCGGCUGUGCCCGCGCGGGUCGGAGAGCAUGGUGUACGCGCUCCUCGCCGGGUUUUCGAACUUCGGGCAGGUUGUGUCGAACACCAUCGGCUCACUGCUGAUGGAGCUCAAGUGGCCCGUGGAGUCGGACAUCGCAAAGGGCUGCGACUUCAGCAAUGUCAAGUGGCUGCUGCUGGUGGGACAUUUUAUCUGCCCGCUCAUCAACAUCCCGCUGGUGUUCCUCCUGAUUCCCGCUGCCCGCAUCUGCGAUACGAUUGACAUCGACGGCCGUGUCACUAAACCGGGAAAAGAGGCUGGCCAGCAGCAGCAGGAGGAGGAGGAACGAAGGUGA